AUGAGCAGCGCAGACGUCAUCGAUGCGCUGUUUGUCAAGACAGUCGACAUGGUUCAAUCGCUGCCAAAGUCUGGUCCCAUUCAGACUUCUUACGAGGAAAAGCUUGCGCUCUACAGUCUCUACAAGCAAGCCACUGAAGGCGAUGUCUCAUCAAGGCGUCCCGGUAUGCUUGACAUGCUCGGCCGCGCAAAGUGGGACGCAUGGUCAAAGGUCAGCGGGUUGCCUCCGAGAGAUGCAAAGCAGAUGUACGUCGAAUCCAUGCUCAGGAUCCUGCGUCGGUUCAGCGAUCGUCCUCAAGCAGCAGCGCUCAUCCAAGAGCUCGAAAACUUCUCGGGCCAAGUGGCACAGCGCGUCAUGGACGGUUCGCUAGCCCAGGUCGACUCGGACGAAGAGUCGAUCACCGACUCAGAUCCUGACGAUCAGCAGCGACUCGAUCCCACAGGUCUUCAUCCACAUACCUCGGCUCUCCCUCGCGCCACGCAACCGCCUUUGCCCCACCACCUUGCUCCGCACCCUCCCUCCGUCACUGGCACAAGUACGGCUGCUACUCGUGGUGGCGGCGGUGCCACUUCGAUCAUUUCUCCGGAAAGGACGCCCAUCUCAUCCGAUUCCGAACACGACUCUUCCGACGAUGAUCGUCUCGGCUCCCAGCCAGGUCCUUUCCGAGGCGCGCCUCGCCAUCCUGACUCGUGUGCUCCUCCGUCUGUGCAGUCAUACCGACCCCAGCCACGAGCUGGAUCCAUCUCAACUACCGAAGGCUACGGCAGAGGCCCACCUCCGCGCUCACAUGUCUCGACAUCAGCUCAAUACUCAAGGGGGCCGCCUUCGCUCCAAGGCAGUUACUCACGUUCUCAGUACGCACCCCAAUCCACAGCAGCUACUGUGGCUGCAUCCAGCCAUCCUCGCCAAGGUGAAGCGGGUCACUAUCAGCGCAGCACGUACGCUGCUUCUUCGGUCGGCGGCCGUUCGGUUGGCACAAGAACCGGUCCUGUGCCUGUCUAUCCACCGCGCCCACCCUCCAACGCAGGCAUCACUCGAGGUCAACCGCGUGCCGAGAUGGAGACCGCGCUGCAGUCCAUCCAAGCAUCGCUCGCAGCUCUUCAUGAACGUCUCAACCGCGUCGAAAAUCGCUCCUCGGCCGGAGGGGCUGACGAUGCUCGACGUUCGCGUCCAGGGUCGGGUCAAUGGAGCAGCACAUACCUCUACAAUGCCAUCAUGAACAUUUUUGACGAUGUGAGGCAACUCAUCGGUCUGGAUGCAGUGGCACGUGGUCCACGAACCGAAGCACUAGCGCCCAGCUUCCUCGCUCAAGGUGGCGGCGCGGGCAAGCGCAGCAAUGCCGCUUUCAACCUGUUGACCUCACCCGUUCGCAUCCUUGUAGCGUUGGCCAACCUCAGCGCAAGGCUGGCGCUCGAUGUAAUCAGCCUUGUGCUCGUCUCGAGCUUCUUUCUCUAUGCAUUUAAGCGGAUCACGGGGCGUGGCGAUCCACUGUUGAUGAUCCGCCUUCUCAAAAGACUGCAGCAGGUAGUGUUCAGAAGAUCGGCUGCAGCAAAACAGCUAGUCGCCGAAGCUGGCGCUUGA